CACUUUUCAUAAAUGGUAACAAACACACGUCUUUCCCAACCAAAAUCUUUGCAUUAAGAGCAGUUAUUGAUAGACUCUGAUCAAAUCUCGCCCGUCGAUUCAUUUACUCAGAUUUGGAUCAGAUCUGAUCAGAAUUCGAAGAAGUGUCAGUGAAAUGCACGUCGGUUUAGUAGUGUUCUUUUGAUUUGCCAAAAAAUGACGAUCUCUAGUCCUGUCACUCCCGGCCAGGUCUCGUUUUUCAUUGGAACAGUCUCCGUGUUUGCAGCAUGGGUUUAUUCAGAAUAUUUGGAGUACAAAAAGAAUUUAUUGCCGAGCAAAGUUAGACACUCUGAUGUCAGUUUGGAUGAAUUGGGAGUUGGAGAUGGGACGGUGAAGGAAGAUGACAAAGCAGUUCUUCUAGAGGGCGGAGGAUUGCAGUCAGCGUCUCCGAAAGCUCGGAGUUUGUCUGCAUCUUCUCCUAUCUUCAGAUUUCUUCUGAUGGAAGAGGCAUUCUUGAUUGAAAAUCGUCUCACGCUUAGAGCUAUAUCUGAAUUUGGUUUGCUUUUGGCUUACUUUUACAUCUGUGACCGGACUGAUGUCUUUGGGUCAGCAAAAAAGAGUUACAAUCGGGAUCUUUUCUUAUUUCUCUACUUCCUUCUCAUCAUAGUCUCUGCAAUAACUUCUUUCAAGAUACAUCAUGAUAAGUCACCAUUCUCGGGGAAAUCCAUACUCUAUUUGAAUAGACAUCAAACUGAGGAGUGGAAGGGUUGGAUGCAGGUGUUGUUUUUGAUGUACCAUUACUUUGCUGCUACAGAAAUUUACAAUGCAAUCCGGAUAUUUAUUGCUGCUUAUGUGUGGAUGACUGGAUUUGGUAACUUCUCGUAUUAUUAUGUACGCAAAGAUUUCAGUCUUGCAAGGUUUGCACAGAUGAUGUGGAGGCUUAAUUUCCUGGUCUUAUUUUGCUGUGUCGUCCUUGACAAUAGUUACACGCUGUAUUACAUUUGCCCAAUGCACACUCUGUUUACUCUUAUGGUUUACUGUGCACUUGGUAUUCUGAACAAGUAUAAUGAGAUUGGAUCAGUCAUUGCUGUAAAAAUAAUUGCCUGCUUCUUGGUGGUUAUUCUAGUCUGGGAAGUACCUGGAGUGUUUGAAUUGCUGUGGAGCCCAUUUACUUUCAUUGUUGGUUAUACUGACCCAGCCAAGCCAACAUUGCCCGUCUUGCAUGAGUGGCAUUUCCGCUCUGGGCUUGAUCGUUACAUAUGGAUAGUUGGGAUGAUAUAUGCAUACUAUCAUCCAACAGUUGAAAGGUGGAUGGAGAAACUAGAGGAAACAGAUGUGAAGCACCGACUAUCAAUUAAAGCAGCUGUUGGACUUGUAGCCUUAACGGUUGGAUUCAUCUGGUUUGAGUAUGUAUACAAACUGGAUAAGAUUACUUACAACAAGUAUCAUCCUUAUACCUCAUGGAUUCCCAUAACUGUCUAUAUUUGUUUGCGAAACAUCACACAGUCUUUCCGUAGCUACAGCUUGACUCUUUUUGCAUGGCUUGGAAAGGUAACACUGGAGACCUACAUCUCACAAUUCCAUAUCUGGUUAAGAUCAACAGUUCCUAAUGGACAACCUAAAUUGUUGCUUUCACUGAUCCCUGAUUACCCAAUGCUGAACUUUAUGCUUACAAGUGCUGUAUAUGUUGCUGUUUCUUACAGAUUAUUUGAGCUGACAAAUACGUUAAAAAUAGCAUUUGUGCCCAGUAAAGAUGACAAGCGCCUUCUCUACAACUUGGUUACAGCUGUUAUAAUUGCCACUGUUUUAUAUUCCUUGUCUUUUGUAUUCUUGAGAAUCCCCCAGAUGUUGGUGUGAGAAUAGUGUGGAAAUACAAGGGUGCAAGAUUCUGCACUAUGAGUUGAUGGAACGACUACAUUUCCAGGUAAGUUGGAGAAACCAAACUGCAAAAUGGAGUCAUUAGUGAGUCACCAGGUUGAUAAUGGAAAAGUUGAUGAAGCCUUACAUGGUGAUCGAAAUUGAGACAGACGUCUAUAGUAGAGGAAGAAGUUUGAUAUAAACUCCUCAAAUUGUGAGGGGUUCUUGUCAUGAUUCUUGUAACACUUAAAGUGAUCAAAACUAUGAUAUAUAAUAGCAUUGAGAUUUAUUUUUUUAAUCUGCAUCCAUAAGAAUGUAGCUGUUGAAUUGAUAAGAGUAAAAAAUAAAAAUGUAACAGCAAUGUCCACCUCAAA